AUGGAGGAGGAGUUUGAUGUGCUCUGGCCGGAGGGUGACAAUCUGCGAUUGCUGGGCAAGGUUGCGGAAUGCCUUGCGAAGAAGAUGCACUGCCUGGUGCAGUGCUUCACGUCCUACGAGGUUGGCCUUCGAGCCACGGAGAUGGCGAGAAAACGACUUGGCUGGAAGCGCUUUCCCAAGGAGUUGGAGCCUUCUUACCUGGGACAGAGUGCUCAGGGUAAGAUCUUGUGGCUCCCGGCCGAUGAUCCCCGCCGAGAGGUGCAGUCGCCGCUGGAAUCCUGUGACAGGUUGCUGUCAAAGCUCGCCUCCGGCCUCUACGUGGAAUGCCAAGACACGCUGGGUUUCCUGCCGGACGGACGCUCCGACACGCUGAUGUGGCUGCCACCGAAGAGCCAGAAAGAGGAAGAGGCUAACUUGCGGCAGCAAGAGAGGCUCACCGAGGAGCACGUCAGGGACGGCCAGAUCGAGGGCCACAUUGACUUCGUUCAGUCGCGCAAGGUGUGUGCUCUCUACCAGGUAGCUGGCAGUGCCAACGUUGUGCUGCACAGCGCCGAAGGUGUCCCUGUUCAUGUAGCUCUUCGAAGUGGACAAGUUUUGGUAUUCCGGCACGACCUUUUGACCUUCUCCCAUGAAGGCGACAAAGACUCCUUUGCAAUGCUGACGUGGAUUUUCUCGACAGGUUAUGCCGCGGAGGUGCAGCAGCUGGCCGGGAUCAUCGGGAAGGAGGCUGAUGUGGCCUCAGGCGUGAUCAGUGGUCCACUGUCUCCGGUGAACCCUUUGACUGGCAAGACAGUGAGCGUAAUGUCUGCGGACUGCAUGUUGGCAGGAAACGGUGUCUCCCCGAGAGAGUACUGGCAAAUGCUGGUCAUGGGGACUGACGGCUGCCGCCAUCUUUCACCCGUGCGGUGGGACCCAGAAGCGUACUUUGAGCCGGACAAGGACAUUGCCUUUGGACUCAUGGCUGCAACAGACAAGCCUCGCAAGUACUACUCCAACCAUGGCGGUUUCGUUGUAGAAGAGUACCUCCUGGGCUUUGAUGCCGCCUUCUUCGGCUUCACGGAUGAGCAGGCCUCUAUGUUGGAUCCAAUCUCACGCAACACCCUCGAAGUGG